AUGUUAGUCAACCUGUCCAAUAUCUGGGUGCUUUUUGCGCUUUUUAUUUCUCACUUGAAAACAUGCAACUUACUGAUAAACACUGUUGCCCUUCAGCAAAGUUGUCCAGUAAAACCAGGGGCCCUCAGCCUCCUUCAGUGUCACAGAUCACAUGGAUCUCCCUAUAAAACCAUUACAGGGUUAUUGAUCCAAAACGACGAGGUUCCAGCACUCCGCCUCCAACCUCUUGAAAAGAAAAGGAAAAAGAUGAUCCCAAAAUCGGAAAAUGCAAGUCCUUCACAAAAAAACACCACAAAGAGAAAGCCUAUUUUGCCUGAGCGAGUGGCGCAGAGAGCCAGAAAAAGGGAAGAAAUGAUGGUAUCCAGUUUGCUGACUCUUUUGCUGCCCCUUCUAUUGCCCUGUGCAUCAUCUGCAAGAAAUAUUUCUCUAAAAUGCUUGAAAAACACUGAUGAAUUUCUUUCCUAUUUGAAUUCAAUGGAUCCUAAAGCAUAUGCCAUAAGAAUGUAUGACUCUGUGGGAAAACUUGGUAGCAAUAUACUUAGUGGAAACACAGACAGGCUGGGGUCUUACAGCGAGUGCCUGUCUGCCAAAGCGCCUCUUGGGAACUUCCAAGGGCAGUACUGCAAGCUUCAAAUGCAGCAGGGAGGAGUUGACUAUAUUGUCGCUGUGUGUGUUCCUGAUUCCUGCACUGAGGAAGAUGUGGCAAACCUGGCUCAUUUAGAUAUUUUAAAAUUCAGAAACACUUCAUUUGCAGCCCCUUCCUUGACCCUGUUUGGUUUGAAUAACACGGCCUCUGUUGGGAGAGGUGCCAGCUGUGCUGUCGGCCUUUUCCCACUCGAUCCGUUUGCUGCUCUGUGCUUGUUUUUUAGCCUGUUGUUCAUCGCCCUCCCAGUGGCUGGCACUAUCUAUGUAGAAGUCAUGAAGUGGGAUGCCAAUCAUGAAGAAGAAUCACCCCCAGGUUAUUUACCUUCUGCCGGCUAUGGGAGUUUGUCCAGAGGUGAAUCAAGAGAAGGUUUCAGAUGGAUUCCAUGUCAGACUCAUUCAUUACCAUCAGGAGCCCCCAACAACAUCUCUGAUGGAAGAAAAAGGUUCAUAGGAGCAAUGGAUUAUGUUCUAAGGUGUUUUUCCUGUCAGAAGAACAUUCAAAGCGUAUGGACUCUAAAGACAGCUGAUGGGGUCUAUUCUUCACUGAAUGGCAUCCAUGUCUUAAGUCUUUUAUGGAUCAUUUCUGGACACACCAGUCAGAUUACUAGUUGGCUCAAUUUAGAUAAUGCAGUUGAAUGGCGAGCCAAAGUGCUAAAAAAUCCCCUGUACCUCUAUUCUCACAGCGGUCCAUUCUACCUAGGGGUGGAUACAUUUUUCUUAAUCAGUGGUUGGUUAAGCACAAGGUCAUUUUUAAAGAUGCUUGAAAGAUCAGAAAAAGGAAUAACCUUAAAAAUCAUAGUAAAAUACCUGGGCAAUCGACUCACAAGGUUGCAGCCUCUCCACCUCUAUUCGGUGUGUACGCUAGUUGGAUUGUAUUCCCUUGUUCCCUGGGGAUCAGUCUGGGAGAUCCCCAGAUUCCAUCUGGAUAACUGCAGGCGUGUCUGGUGGACCAAUCUGCUCCUUCUAAACAACUUCAUCUCCGUAAAGGAGGCCUGCAGUGGCUGGACCUGGUACCUGGCGGACGAUUUCCAGUUUCACCUCUCAACGCCACUGGUGGUCUUUGUCCAUGGAAAGGGGAAAUGUUCAUUCUUUCUCCUGGUGACCAUGCUCUUCCUGACCUCUUUUACAGUGACGGCUCUUCUGUCUCUGCUCUUCAAACUCCCUGUUGCCUCCCCUUCAGAUGCAAGAGAAAAUUCUGCCUCAGAGUAUUUCCUGGAAUACUACAGCAAGCCCUACUGCCGAUAUGGACCAUUUCUCGUGGGUAUCAUACUGAGUCUUUUCAUGCACCACCAGCAGACGCAAGUCCUGAAACACAAGGCACAGGCUCUAGCUGGGUGGCUGUGCUCCCUGUUUACACUUCUAGCAGUGGUUUCUCUGGCCUAUACAGUGGACGACUCUUUUGACUCCUACUCGACUGCAGCUGCUGUCUACCAAGCCCUUCACAGAACCGCCUGGGCUGCUGCUGGGGGCUGGAUUAUUUUUUCCUGCCAGGAAGGUUAUGGAGGCCCAUUGAACCAAGUGCUUUCCUGGAACAUCUGGAAUUUCCUUGCAAAAAUCAGUUAUGCCUGCUACUUGAUGCAUCCUAUGCUGAUCAUCCUCUACAAUGGUCUCCAGGAAACUCUGAUUCACUAUACCGAUACCACCAUGUUCUAUCUGUUUUCUGGGCACUGCUUAUUGACGUUUGUCUCCGGGCUGGCAUUGACAGUGAUGGUGGAGAGGCCAUUUCAAGAGCUGAAACGGGUAGUCGUAGGGAGUGGUACCGGCUAA